AUGUUUCAUGAUAAAUAUGUAGAUAUCAUCGUAUCAAACAUUUAUGAAUACUAUUUUAUGAAUAAUAAUCAAUUGUUAGGUUGGUUACAAUUGAUAAGAGAAGUUAUAUGUGCUUAUAUAAUAUUUAAUAAAAUCAGUGAUUUAUUUACAGCUAUUUAUGGGUAUGGUCCGAUAGGUUAUAUUAAAAAGUUAUACAAAAGUAUAGCAUCAUUCUUCUUUCCCAUAAUAAUGUCAUUACCACCUAUUAAAUCUAAAAUUGAUAAAGAAUUAAAUGAAACUAUUGUUAAAAUUGAACAGGAAUUGAUGAAAAAUGAUGAUAAUUUAUUACAAUUUCCCCAAUUACCAAAAUCUGGUUUAUCAUCAAGUGACAUUGAAAUUGAAUUAGAUAAAUUAAAAGAAUUAAAACAUAAUGAUUGGUACAAUGGAAGAGUAAGUGGUGCUGUUUAUCAUGGUGGUGAUGAUUUACUCAAAUUACAAAGUGAUGCAUAUUUUAAAUAUUCAGUUGCUAAUCAAUUACAUCCUGAUGUAUUUCCUGGUGUUAGAAAAAUGGAAGCUGAAGUAGUUUCAAUGGUUUUGAAGAUUUUCAAUGGUACAGAAGGUUCAUGUGGUUCUACUACAUCUGGUGGAACCGAAUCUUUAUUAUUAGCAGGUUUAUCAGCAAGAGAAUUUGGUAAGAAAUUUAAAGGUAUAAAUAAACCGGAAGUUAUAGCACCAAUUACUAUUCAUGCUGGUAUAGAAAAGGCGUGUUUUUAUUUUGGAAUGAAAUUACAUUUAGUUGAAUUAGAUCCAAAAACUUUUCAAGUUGAUAUUAAAAAAGUUAGAAGAUUAAUUAACAAGAAUACUGUUUUAUUAUGUGGAUCUGCACCAAAUUACCCACAUGGAGUUAUUGAUGAUAUAGAAGAAUUAUCAAAAUUGGCAGUUAGAUAUAAAAUUCCAUUACAUGUUGAUGCUUGUUUAGGAUCAUUUAUUGUUUCAUUUUUAGAAAAAUCAAAAGUACAUGGUGAUAAACAAAUACCAAAAUUCGAUUUUAGAUUACCAGGAGUUACAUCAAUUUCGUGUGAUACUCAUAAAUAUGGAUUUGCACCAAAAGGUUCAUCAAUAAUUAUGUAUAGAAACAAAAUACUUCGACAAUGUCAAUAUUAUAUAUCUAGUGAUUGGACUGGUGGGAUGUAUGGAUCUCCUACAUUAGCUGGAUCAAGACCUGGUGCAUUAAUGGUUGGUUGUUGGGCUACCUUAAUUAAUUUUGGUGAAGAAGGUUAUAAAAAAUCUUGUUUUGAAAUAGUUUCAGUACUGAUGAAAUUCAAAAAAUGUAUAAAAGAGAAUGAAUUUUUAUCAAAAUAUUUAGAAAUAAUUGGUGACCCAAUUGGUUCUGUUAUUUCAUUCAAAAUUAAAGAUAAAUAUAAUUAUAUUUUAGGUAUUUAUGAUUUAAGUGAUUUAUUAAGUAAAAAAGGUUGGCAUUUUGCAACAUUACAAAACCCUCCAGCAUUACAUUUUGCAUUUACAAGAUUAACAGUGCCAGUUAUAAAUGAAUUAAUUGAUGAUUUAAUUAUAUGUACAAAAGAAUCAUUAGAAAUAGAACAUGAAAAUAAAAAUGAAAAAAAGAAACAAGGAGAUACUGCUGCAUUAUAUGGUAUAGCAGGUAGUGUUCAUACUGCUGGUAUAGCAGAUCAAUUGAUAGCUGCAUUCUUAGAUACUUUAUACAAAGUUUGA